AUGGACUCCGUAAACACCAUCGACUACCACCUGAGAGACCUGCCCACCCGCUCCGUCACCCUCUUCCCCACCAGGGCCCAGGUCCGGCGCGACAUCGCCAACGUCGCCCUCAAGCCCGGCACGAACCACGUCACCAUCUGCGGCCUCAGCCCCACCGUGGACGAGGACUCGGUCAAGAUCGAGGGCGCCGUCGCCUUGACCAUCAGCGACGUCUGCGUCGAGGCCCGGCCCAACCGGGACAUUUUCGAGCAGGUGUAUCCGGACUCGGACACGGACGGCUCAGACGACGACGACGACGACGACGACGAUGACGAGGAGGAUGACGAGCCGCGGCGGUGGAGAGAGCACGCGGAGCUGAGGGAUGCAAAGGAGAAGCUGAUGGCGCUCCAGGAUGCGCGGCGGCUGGCCGACGAGGCGGUUGCGAGUGCCGAGAGCCGUCUGCGGCUGCUUGACGCCCACGGCAAGACGCUGGACAGGAAGCGAGGCGUCGUCAUCCAAGACUGCCUGCAGACGUACAAGGAGCAGCGCUCCGUGGCCUACGCCGACUACAUGUCUGGCUUGAAGGACCUGCGACAAAUCAGCGACCGGAUCGAGGACCAGCUUGACGACGUCUACCGCCUGCAAAAGAUCGACGACAAGGCCCGGGCAAAAGCCCAAAGGGAAAAGGACAAGGCCCGCAGGGUCAAGGAGAAGGACCUGUUCACAAAGGCUCGCCGGCGCGAGGAGAGGCGCAAGGAGAAGCAGCGCAUCCGCGCCGAGAGGCAAAAGUUCUGGCCCAAGUUCUGCUACGCAGUCAAGAUUACGCUCGAGACCGACGACGUGAUGACCCCGGCCGGCUCCCCGACCACAUCCGUCUCCGGCGACACGCGUCUUUCCAAGCCAGCGGGGAGUGAUGCUGAUGCUGACGCCGCCGCCGCCGCCGCCGCCGCCGCCCCCGUCUGGUGUAGUCUCGUCUUGUCGUACGUAACCUCGUCUGCUUACUGGGCACCCAGCUACGAUCUGCAGCUGUCCACCGUCGACGGUGCAGGCACGCUCAGCUUCGACGCCGAGCUCCACAACUCCACCUCCGAGGCCUGGUCAAACUGCAAAAUCGUCCUUUCCACCUCGCAGGCCACCUUUUCCGGACUUGACGACGCCAUCCCUACCCUGAAUCCGUGGUACCUCGGCCUCGCCCAUGGUGCGCCUCCCUUUGGCUACGGUCAGAGUCACGAACAGAUUGCCCGCAGCCAUGACGAAAUGUCCAGCACAAACGCCUACCUGGCAAAGCACAAGCAGACCUGGCAGCAAAAGCCCCGGAGCGACAUGUUUGGUGUUCCGGACCAAGUCGGCUCCUUGGCCGCCUUUCAGAGCCACCGGAGAAUGGAGAAGAAGGCAAAGGCACAGGCUUUUGAGAGUAGCAUAGCGCCGCCGCUCCCCCCGCCUCCUGUUCCUGCAUCAUCAUCAUUGUCGUCAUCAUCGCUCAUGGCCGCCAACGCGCAGCGAAGAUCUUCUUCCGCGCUUUUCGGGAGUGCCGCUGCCUCCGCCGUCGCCCCCGGGGGAUUCGGCGCCGCUGGCACGGAAGCUUCGGUCGAUCGACGCGAAAUGCCGAGGUCGGUUUCCCGGGCCAAGAAGAUGAUGACCAUGACCAGCGAGAAGGAGAAGGAGAUGGGCAUGAUUGACGAGGAUGCCGACGACCGCUCCGAGCCAGAGUCGGAAGCGGCAGACUCGGUCAUGGAGGAGACGGGUCUGACCUCGACCUACGAGCUUCCCGGACUCAAGACGCUGGUGCCAAAGUCGGUCGCGACCAAGCAGCGCGUUGCGCACAUUCGCUUUGCCAACAUUGCCUACAGCCACACGGUCGUGGCCAAGUACAAGCCGGUGGCGUACCUCAAGGCCAGGUUCAAGAACACCAGCAGGAUGACCCUGUUCAAGGGCCGGGCGGGUCUCACGCUCGACGGAAGCUUCAUGGGCCGAACCACGCUGCCGCGCUGCAGUGCCGGCGAAGCCUUUACCCUGAGCCUGGGCGUGGACCCUGCCAUCAAGGUCACGUAUCCCAAGCCCAUCAUCCAGCGGGCAACAGCCGGACUGUUCAGCAAGGAGAACACGGCCGUCUUUACGAGAAACAUUACUCUGCACAACACGCGCGCCUCGUCCGGGAAGCCCACGUCGCUCGUGGUGCUCGAUCAAACGCCCCUGUCCCAGGACGAGAAGCUAAGAAUAGAAGUCUUGAUUCCUCAAGGCGUGGCAUUCGGAGCAGGUGAAGUUCGGGCUGGGUCUCCAGGACUCGAGGGUCGGGACAACAAGGAAUGGGGCACCGCCAAGGCCAGGCUGAAGAAGGAUGGCGAGGUCAGUUGGGACGUAAGCUUGAAUCCUGGCAAGGCUGUUCGCUUGACACUCGAGUAUGGCAUCGCUUUCCCCACCGGAACAUAUCCAUGUUGA